CCCUGUACGAGAAGUAGAAUAGGUAGUGCGCCUGUGUUGGCUGCAUGUCUGUCCGCUGUACCCCAUUUUGGUGCUUGUCUUGGGUCUGUCCAUCGCCCGAUUCGCCCAUCCCGUAUUAUUCGUUUCCUACCUUUCUCGGCUGUUUCUUUCACGCUUCUACCACUCGCGACCGCGCCCUCGCUCGAUCCCGAACCCUCAGUCCCUCCCUCAAGGCCAUCUCCAUCCUAGGAUAUCUUCCUCGAUGUUGUAGAGCCUGUCACUCGCCGUUUCCUCUCCUCCUAUCCACCUCUGAACGUGAGAGCGCGCAUCUCCAACCCGCCCGCCCGUUGUCUGCCGUGCCGUGACUGGCCCUACUGCCCCAGCUCACGAGCUAACUCGACUACCACAUCAACCUUCGCAUUUCGACUCACUACCCGACAAUCCCUCAUCGCGCUCUCCUCCGUUAAGACAGAAUUCUACCGUCGCGUUAUAGGAAUGGG